AUGCCACUUAAAAAUUUGAAAAUGAUUAUUGAAUUUAUAGUCGGAGUUUACAUGCCUAAUUGGUUUAAAAUCAAAGUGAAGCAUAAUUGGAUUGAUGGUCCGAGACAUGUUCUUUUUCAGUUUGAACUUUUGAAAAGUCAAGACAAAGAGGUGAUUCAGAUAGUGAUGCCUAUAAUUUGUAGUGACCAGGAGGAAGAAAGAAAAGUUGGAAUUGAAAAGAUUCUUGAGAUCAGAGGAAAUGCAGAGAAGAAUUUCCAGACUGGCCCUCACACAUUUAAAGUAUUGAGAGAUGUGUCAAGAUGGUUACAGAGGCAAGUGAGCAUGUCUAGUCAGGAAAGAAAGGAUGGAUAUAUUAAAUCACUGAUCGUCAGCAGACAACUAAUGAGUAGAAAUGCGACCAAGAAGGACAUGUACAAUUUCGUAAAGUUUGGAAAUAAUUGA